AUGCUCACCCACCCCUGAUGUAUGUACAGUGUACAAACAGUAAUGCUGAUAUGUAUGGAUGGACAGUAGCCAGUAUUAGAAACGUAGGAGUAACAGAAAAUCGUAUGUAUAUGCGUGCUCAUUAAGCCACUCAAACCCUAGAUCUUCACACAUUAAACACACUCUCAUCUUCUUUACAUUUCUAGAUCCAUCUCAAAAACCCAUCUUUUUUCUCUCAAUUCCACGAAUACCCAUCUCAAUUUCACUCUAUUUCACCCUUAAUUUACCUCACAUUCCCCAAAUCCCACAUUUUUAGAUCCAAGAAUUCAGGAAAUAUGAGCUAAAUUGCAUAAAGUUUUGAUCUUUGUGUCUGUUUGCAUAAAUCUUGAUUAUAUCUAGGUGGGUUUUUGAAUUUGAUAGCUUUUUGUAGAAAUUUUGGUAUAUUGUUAAAAGGGUUGGUUUGUAAGUGUGUGAUUUGUGUUUUUGUGUGUAUAUGGCAAUGCCGGGAGGUAAUGUGGAGAAAAUGCCAGGUGGGAUUGAGAUGAUGGGGCAGUUUCAUCAGAGACAGUGGGUCCCUGAUGAGCGUGAUGGGUUUAUUUCGUGGAUACGGAGCGAAUUUGCUGCGGCGAAUGCGAUAAUUGACUCAAUGUGUAGUCAUUUGAGAAGUGUUGGUGAGGCGGGAGAGUAUGAUGGUGUGAUUGGGAGUUUGCAGCAGAGGAGGGUGAAUUGGUACCCUGUGUUGCAUAUGCAACAGUAUUUCUCGGUUGCGGAGGUUGUGCAUUCGUUGCAACAGGUUGCAUGGAGGAGAGAACGGGGGUUGAGGGAUCGGGGUGAUCGGGGGUAUGGAUAUCGUGGGUUUGAGCAGAAGGGAGGGAAGAGAUAUGGUGGGGGGUAUAGGCAAGGGGGUAAUAGGGGUGGUGAGGUUAGUGGUCAGGAGGGGAAUGUUGGUUCGGGAAAAGGGGAUGACGGUAAAUUGGCAGCUGUCAUUGUGAAGACGGAUGAUAAGGAUUUGAGCAUAAAAUCACAAGUGGAUAAUGAUAGCCAAUGUUCAGGAAACUCGCAAGCAAAGCCAUCAAGUGAGGGAGUGGGAGUGGAUAAUAGUGUUACUUCCGCAACAAAAGGGACUAGUGAGGUUAAGCUGGAGAAAGCUUCCUCUACCCUGCCAAUUUCCCUUGGGAGGAAGGAUAUUUCAGUUAAUGCAAAAACUUUUGUUGGUACUGAGAUGGUAGAUGGAAAGCCGGUUAAUGCAGUUGAUGGAUUGAAGUUGUAUGAAGAGCUCGUUGACAGCUCUGAACUUGCUCAACUGGUUUCAUUGGCAAAUGAUUUGAGAACCUCGGGGAGAAAGGGAUACCUUCCAGGACCAACAUUUAUUGCAUCACAUAGACCCUCGCGAGGGCAUGGGAGAGACAUUAUUCAAUUGGGCGUUCCCAUUGUAGACCCCCCUUCAGAAGAUGGAACCGUAGGCAAUACCUUUAAAGAUAGGAGGAUUGAACCCAUUCCCAGCAUGAUGCAAGAUUUUAUUGAACGUUUGACUGCCUUGCAAGUCAUUACUGUGCAACCAGAUAGUUGCAUAAUCGAUUUUUAUAACGAGGGUGAUCACUCACAGCCUUUUAUGUGGUCGCAUCGCUUCGGAAGGCCAGUUUGUGUUCUUUUCUUGACGGAAUGUGACAUGAUUUUUGGAAAAGUAAUUGUGCCGGAUCAUCUCGGAGAUUAUAAAGGUUCUAUUAAUCUUUCCGUGACACCUGGAUCCAUGCUUGUAAUGCAAGGAAGAUCCACAGAUUUUGCAAGACAUGCACUUCCUGCCAUGCAGAAACACCGUAUCCUCGUCACUUUGACCAAGUCCCAACCAAAGAAACCAAGCGGUGGUCACUAUUCUUCAGCUGCGGCCGCAACACAAUCCCAAUGGGGGUCCCCACAUAAUAAAUCUUCAAACCACGUAAACAACUCUCCGUCCCUCAAACAUUAUGCAUCAGUCUCAACAGCUGGGGUAUUACCGGCUCCACCCAUAUGUAUGCCAUUACCACCUUCCAGUGGUGUUCAGCCAAUAUUUAUGCCAGCUGCAGUUACACCAGUCCUGCCUUUUCCUCCCCCAGUUGCUCUGCCACCUACCUCUGCUGGGUGGACUGUCGGUGGGCCAAGGCAUCCCCCGCCUCGCUUACCAGUCCCUGGUACUGGAGUUUUCCUUCCUCCUGGUUCUGGAGAUGUAGUGAACCAGGCAUCGACAAAUGAAUAUUUGUCCACUUUGGCAGAAAAGGACAAUGACUCAGCAAAAUCCAAUGGCAACAACAGUGCUGCCACAGAUAUUGCCAAUGGAAGUGGAAAAAUGGCUGGAAAGGAUUGCAAUGGAGCUGAUGAAACUAAUGGUGAACGUCCUGUGGGUGAAGAACAGCCAAGUGUGGUCACAAAUGUGGCGAAUGAGCCAGCUGAAACGGUUUUGUGAUAAGGGUAGCACUCGAAAUUGUACUUGAAAUCUAAAUUGCGGCAAUAUAUUAGAAUUUACACGUUCUGAGCAGCAGACCAAACAUCGCAUAUCUAGGUACUGAAAUUCUCAUUUUUUGGUCAAUAUGAACUUUUGAUAUUGAAGUCA